AUGUCGCAAGGUAGGCAGGUCUCAAGGGAAGAAAAGGGCUAUUACAUACCCCACCACGGAAUUUUGCGUGAUAGCUCCACGACAAAGCUCCGUGUCGUAUAUAAUGCUAGCAGCCCGUCUACCUCAGGUAUCAGUCUGAAUGACAUUCAGAUGGUCGGACCCACUGUGCAAGACGACCUUCUGUCUAUCCUUAUUAGGUUCAGGCAGCACCGGUACAUCAUUUCUUCGGACGUGGAGAAAAUGUACCGUCAGAUAUGGGUGCAUCCUGACGACCGCCACCUUCAAAAAAUUCUUUGGCGCAGUUCGGAGACCAAGCCACUAUUAGUGCACGAGCUCAAUACUGUCUCCUAUGGGACAGCCAGUGCUCCGUUCCUAGCCACCAGGUGUCUCAAACAAAUAGGCUUAGAUUGUGACGAUGAGAAGGUCAAAGAAGUCAUCGUUCACGAUUUCUAUGUAGACGACCUGCUGACAGGAGGAGAUGACCUUACUGCGGUGGAAGAGAUUCGCCAUAAAGUGACUCAAGCACUGUCUUCAGCAGGAAUGAACCUGCGUAAGUGGAAGUCAAACGAGCCUCGCCUCCUAUGUGAACCCUCUCAAUCCUCUGUGAAUUUGAAUAUAGGAUCAAAUGAGCCCAGCAAAACGUUAGGCUUAGGCUGGCACCCUGAGUCCGAUGAGCUGUAUUUUCCAAUAGGAAAACUAGUUCCCAAAGGAAAUACCAAACGCGACAUGCUAUCGGUGAUUGCUCAGAUCUUCGAUCCGUUAGGUCUUCUGUCUCCGUUUGUAAUCACCAUGAAGAUGCUACUGCAGCGGUUGUGGCUUCAAAAGAUUACCUGGGAAGAAGAACUGCCUCCAGAGAUCACCAAACAAUGGGUAGAACUCUUGGAAGGAUUGCCGGCACUGAAUGAUGUCAGAGUCCCUCGUCAUGUCAUUUGCAACUCACACGUAGCCUUCGAUUUACACAUUUUCUCAGACGCAUCUGAACGCGCGUACGGCGCUUGUGUGUACGUACGUAGUGUAGACAAAGAAGGUCAGACAACGACAACUUAA